AUGCUCACUGACGAUGAUUCCGAUUUGGACAAUCUGGAUGUUUCUCAUAUGCCAUUCAUCAACACUAUUUGGACAUGCAAGAAUUGUACGGAGGUAGUCUUAAAGACUUCGGCCGUUUUACCAGUCGUAGCGUUUGGCAUUUUCGGAAAUAUUAUGGUUAUAUAUAUUUUAUGGAAAAAUUUAAACCUACGUACAGCUACAAACCUUUUGAUUGGCAAUAUGGCAGUAGCUGACUUACUAUCCCUUCUUAUUCAUCCGUGGGUGAUGUUGACACUGGAUUUAUUUCAGAAUUACCAACUGGGUGUUAUUGGAUGUAAGGGAGAAGGUCCGGUUGAAUGUUCUCUUCUUAUUGCAAGUGUAGUGAGUAUGUCUGCCGUAACAUAUGACCGUCUAACUGCCAUAGUGUUGCCUAGAGAAACUAGGAUAACAAAAAAAGGAGCUAAAACACUUAUAGCACUUAUGUGGAUAUUUGGACUUUUGUUAUCCCUACCGAUGGUUUUUAACAGAACAUAUAAGGAACGUAAGUGGUUAAACUUCUUAGAGAAAUAUUGUACUGAGAAUCUAAUGGUUAGUAACAUGUAUUGGUACGUAAUAGUAGCAAUAUUAGUUUGGUUACCGAUGACGAUUCAGUUGAUUUGCUAUAUUUCGAUUUUUAUAAAGCUAGACAAAUAUGAAAAAAUCACUGUAAAAUCACUCAACAAGCAGCACAUGAACUAUAAGAAAAAAGCGGCAAUAACCAUGUUCAUUGUAACUAUUGUUUUCAUGAUAUGCAGAUUGCCAUUUACCGCAUAUAUAAUGUAUAGACAUCAACUCAUCAAGGAACAAAAAGUAACAGCUUCUUCAAGUGACAUCAAGUUUCAAUUAAAUCAAUCCUACUACAUUCUAUGGUGCGUAUCAAAAUACCUAAUAUUUGUAAAUUCGGCGAUCAAUCCCCUUAUCUACGGAGUAACCAAUGAGAAGUUUUUUAGAGAGUUCAAAUCAACCAAAAUAGCGCAGAUUAUUUGUGGACCAUGUAUGAGGACAACAAAAUCUACGAAAAGGAAUAAAUCUAUCCAGGAAGCCAAUAAAAAAUAUAAAAUCUUCAUUAUUUUUAAACGAAAAUAUAAACCCCAAAUUAAGGAAGAACUAGAGGAACCACCGGCCUCUGUUAAAAAAACCAUCAACACUCAGUUAUAA